AUGGUAGAACGUGUGUUACUCACUCCUUCACUCCCAUUACCAUCUCGACCUUCACUUUCACCAACCACAAUGGCUACUAUUACUGGCGGCGCCGCCACUCGUAUCAUCCCCUCCGCCACCAGAGCCACCGUCUCACUCUCCUCUUCUUCCCGUUCCUUUUUCUCAUUUUCAUCCUCUUCUACUUCCGUUUCCUCGCUCAAAUGCUUUCGCUCAUCGCCUCGCAUUUCUCACCUAUUUCUCGACCAGCGAAGAUCAGAGGUUCGUGUUUCGAGCGGACAGUUCGGAACGGUUUCGGCCUUGGCGUCUGAUCCUGAUCAGUUGAAGAGCGCUAGAGAAGAUAUCAAGGAGCUUCUCAGUACUAAGUUCUGUCAUCCUCUUCUGAUUCGUUUGGGAUGGCAUGAUGCUGGUACUUAUAAUAAGAAUAUUGAGGAGUGGCCACAGAGAGGUGGAGCCAACGGUAGCUUAAGAUUUGAAGCUGAGUUGAAACAUGGAGCCAAUGCUGGACUUGUAAAUGCAUUGAAACUUCUCCAGCCGAUCAAAGACAAGUAUUCAGGCGUGACAUAUGCAGACUUAUUUCAGUUAGCCGGUGCUACAGCUGUGGAGGAAGCUGGAGGCCCCAAAAUUCCCAUGAAAUAUGGAAGAGUAGAUACCACUGGACCUGGCCAAUGUCCUGAAGAAGGACGACUUCCUGAUGCAGGCCCCCCUUCACCUGCUGAUCAUUUGCGUGAAGUUUUUUACCGAAUGGGAUUGGACGACAAGGAAAUUGUUGCAUUAUCUGGUGCGCACACACUGGGGAGGUCUAGACCAGACCGUAGUGGCUGGGGAAAACCUGAGACUAAAUACACGAAAGACGGGCCAGGAGCACCUGGAGGACAAUCCUGGACUGCACAAUGGUUAAAGUUUGACAAUUCUUACUUCAAGGACAUCAAAGAAAAAAGGGAUGAAGAUCUAUUGGUAUUGCCAACUGAUGCAGCUCUUUUUGAAGAUCCUUCCUUCAAGGUAUUUGCUGAGAAAUAUGCUGAAGAUCAGGAAGCAUUCUUUAAAGAUUAUGCUGAAGCACAUGCCAAACUCAGCAACCUUGGAGCCAAAUUUGAUCCUCCAGAGGGAAUUGUGAUAGAUGGUUCUCCAAUUGUAAAGGGAGAGAAGUUUGUAGCAGCCAAGUACUCCUCUGGAAAGAGAGAGCUGUCCGAUGCAAUGAGGAAGAAGAUACGAGCUGAAUAUGAGGCAGUUGGCGGAAGCCCAGAUAAGGCUCUAAAGUCAAACUAUUUCCUAAACAUCAUAAUUGUUGUUGCAGUUUUGGCUAUUUUGACAUCCCUGCUUGGAAACUAA